AUGUACUACGUGUUGAAUGUGGAUGCUCGAGCUGUGGUGAGGCUUCGAUCUCGUCCUCUGGAUAAUUCUGAAACCUGGAACAACGUCAUGGUGAUGGCCAAACACGCACAAGCACAAGACCGAGACCAUGAAACACGCCUGAUUCCAGUCAUUCCCAACAACAAACUAAAAGGUGGGGAUGUUUGCUGUGUGAACGUGGGAAUCCUGAAUUACUACCUUAAGCACAUUCUGCAUGCAGGGCAGGUGCACUACCCACGCCUACACUUGGUCAAGCCUGAUUUACACAGAGUUGCUAGAGACCUGGAACCACACUGUCAGAACAAUAAUACUGAGCUGGAGCACUUGAAAACCUUCAAGCAGAACCUUAAAAGAGCCGGAGAAAUGUAUAAGAGUAACUCCACAGCUGAGAAUAAGGCUAUUGGGGAAACUGAUAUUCUCUUCCACUACCUCUACGAGUCUUGCAACCCACCUAGGACCUCCUAAAUGUGCUAAAGAGUAUCUGCACCGCUAUUAACUAGUGGAUGUAAUUUGACCUUGAAAAGUAUUUUAAAA